AUGCAGUUCGAGGUUCCGUAUCGUGAAGCGUACUCAGGACCAUCGAUACGGGUUGCUCUAUGUCAUAAUCCUCCAAAGCGCCCAGAUGACCAUUCAUUUGAAUGCCCUUGUUGUCCAAACUGUUCAAUAUGUGGUACUGGUAAUCCUGCAGUGACUCGGGCCGAGAAUAUUAAGAAUGUCCCUUCCAUUCGCACGAGCUACCGAGAAGAAAGCUCAGAUCCUCCCUUGGGCAAAAACACCAAAGCAUGCAUUAUCGGGGCCGGGAUUGCAGGUCUGUAUCUUGCACUAAUUUUGCAAGAUUUGGAGAUUCCAAACCUUUCCUGGGAUAUCCUCGAGGCCAAUCGGAAUCGCAUUGGCGGCCGCAUUUAUACCCAUCGCUUCUCUGAAGCGCACAAUGACUACUAUGACGUGGGGGCAAUGCGCUUUCCGGAUAUUCCUAUCAUGUCUCGAGUCUUUGAUCUUUUUCGACGAAUGCAAGUGCCACUGAGGGAAUUUGAGAUGCGAGAAAGAAGCACGAACACGAGGUGCAGUGAUAUCUCUAAGACCAAAGAUAGCCCAUCAGCCAAUCUCGUCAGUCAAUGCUUCGACCCUUAUAAAAAGGUCAUGCAAAAGGAUUUUGUGCGGGGGUUCCAACUCCUGAUGCAAUCCGAUGCAAUGAGCACCCGCGAAUACCUUCGAGGCAACCACAAGUCAGACUUCAUGACAAUCCAGUCUGCCGAAAGCGACACAACCGGCACAGGCACGUUUGAUCAAGCCUUUUCAGAAAGUGUCAUUGACUCUUUCGACCUUGAUCAAUCCACAACAGGGCCUGAGGACAGUGACCCAGUAAAAUGGUAUUCUGUGGAUGGCGGCUCUUCCGUGGUGAUUGAGCGAAUGUGCCAUCAAAUAAACAAAAGUAGCACAAUUGAGCUUGGGAAACAAGUUCGCCGAAUUGCCAUGGAUUGUGGUGCCGAUCUAUCUGUGUCAUGUGCGGGCGAGAAAGAUGCUCGCGAUGGAUACGCAACGGUGUUCAGCACUACACCAUUAGCAUGUCUGCAGCGCAUCGACACUAGCUCACUCCAUCUUGAUCCUAUUCAAGAAGAGGCUAUCCGGUGUUUGCGGUAUGAAGACUCUACUAAGGUAGGCAUCAAGUUUGCGUAUCCGUGGUGGAUUGUAGACUGUGGGAUUCGAGGGGGUGGUAGUGUCUCGUCGACUCUCUCCUCAAGGACCUGCGUCUACCCGUCAAAUAUUGCCGAACAGGACUGGGACAAGCCAGCCGUGCUAUUGGCUUCGUACACUUGGGGCCAAGAUGCCUCUCGCAUGGGGGCUCUGAUCAGCCCGCCCCCCACCAGCUCGGAUGUGGGUGGGGAUGAGGGGGAUGACCUGCUGGAUCUUGUCCUCCACGAUCUCGCUCGGCAACAUCAGCAGCAUGGAAUCACGUACGGGAAGCUGCAAAGUUUGUACAUGGAUCAUCACGCCUUCUGCUGGGGCAAUUCCCGAUUUUCGUCAGGGGCUUUUGCACUUUUUGGCCCAGGACAAUUCACCAAUCUCUAUCCCUCUUUGUCUCUACCAGCAGCUGAUGGCAAGUUCCAUAUCGUAGGGGAGGCAUCCAGUGUCCAUCAUGGGUGGGUGGUUGGCUCGUUGAACAGUGCAUAUGUGGCGGUCUAUCGAUUUUUGCUUCGAUAUGGACAACAACAAGCCAUCCAGAAGCUGGAAAAGAACUGGGGAACUGUGCAUGAGUUGGACUUUGCGGGAGUUGCUCGCCUUGAUGCGUCGGUUUGA